AUGGACCCGGAGCUGAGCCGAAAAUUAGUUUGGGUCAUCCCAAAUCGGGUGCUGAACAUCCUGCUCAGUCCUGGAGGACAUGGAAAACUGGCCAGACCGGUUGAUUUUGACGACGAAUUUCCAGAUUCGGAAGGAAUGGACUUUCCAAUCUACUAUUUUGUUUUAUUACUUAGCCUUUUUAUUCUCCCUGCCCUGCUCCGGUACAUCCUUGGGCACGUCGCACCAACACUUUUGAUUCUGCAGGUUUAUCAGGAGGACAAGACCAUAUCGGAGAAAACGGAGAGCAAAAUCAGACAGCACUCCAGUUUCAGAAAUGUCGGAGACAGCUUUCGCCUAAUUUACCGGGCACAGGGCCUAUACACUUUCAUGCGCACAAUGGUCGUCGGCUUGCGCGUCCCAUUCCUGUCUUUGCGGAGAAAACCUGGCCAGAACCGGUGGCAAAAGUUAGCCAUCCCCGCUUUUCUAUACGGCCUUUCGCAGGCCCUCAUGGACCAGCUCUACGAUUUUGUGGAAAUGGCGCUUAUCUCCCCGGAAGACACUUAUACAAAAAAGCGCGCCGCCGCAGAGGUUUUGGCAGUGAUGAUCAUGCUUGCCUUUCGCUUGGUAGCACUUCUCCCGACAUAUAUCACACUUGUUCUAGCCGAGACAACAUUUUUGUCUCCCGAGAUAGACACAAUUGUUCCCUCUCCAACCAAGGAGCGUGGCUUAAAGAUUGGGGAAUUGGUUGGCGAGAAGAAACCACCAGCUGGCCUUGAGGCAUUCACGAAUGCACUUAGACCUUUUGGAACAACCAAGUAUUUAUAUCUGAUCGAACUUCACCUCAAGAAGUGUUUUGCUCAGAUUAUUCUUGAAUUUUCUCUCAUUUACUCCAUCCUGGUCUCUCUUCACAUGGAUCUUUGGAUAUAA